ACUGGAGGAGGGUGUGUCCAAACAAACCAGCCGAACGACGUCAGCUAGCGACUAGACUCAGCUAAAAUGGCCAGUUUAGGCAGAGUUGCAAUUGUUCUGCGAAACUUUGUUAAGAGGCCACCAUGGACGUUAAGAACUUUGACUCUCCGUCGUGCCCUGGGACCUGGUAUAUUGGGGUCUCUGAUUGGAAGUGGACUGGUGUACCUCCACAAAGAACAUAGCUGGACGGCUUUGCCAUUCGUCGUACACGCAGAGGAGGAAACAACAGUGCCCCAAAUGUCAGCUAGAAGGUAUCGUUUCAACCAAUUUGCCUCCUUGAUGUAUGAAGGAGAACCUUACAUGACUCCAAGAGACUUCCUAUUCUCUGUGAUGUUGGAGAAUGUGGACCAUAAGUUGCAAAAGAAAAAUUUAACCAAAGAGGAGAUGAAUAAAAUGCUUGCAUGUGCAUCGCAGGCCAAGGCAGGCUGUAGUCUGUUCCAAUCCAUUGGAGACAAUGGUCUGAUAUCCUACACGGAGUACCUAUUUCUGCUGACUAUCUUGACUAAGCCACGUACAGGAUUUCAUAUUGCUUUCAAAAUGCUUGAUAUUGAUGGUAAUGAGCAUGUGGACAAAAAAGAGUUUCUCAAGCUCAAAAAUAUCAUUGGAAAAAGAAAAGAGAGAGUUUCCCCGGAAGGUGCCACAGACAAACCUGUUGUCGAGGUGGACGGUGUGAACACGACACUGCAGGCUUUCUUUUUCGGGAGGAAUGGCGAAGGCAAGCUUCAAUAUCAAGAGUUUCAAAGGUUUAUGGAAGACCUUCAGGGGGAGGUGCAGGAGAUGGAGUUCCUGCGGUUCUCCAGGGGCAUGGACACCAUGCGGAGGGAGGACUUUGCUGAGUGGCUGCUGCAUUACACUAACGAGGAGGACAAUGAGGCUUACUGGGAGAACAUGAGGAAGAGGAUACCCGCUGGCCAGAGCAUCACGUUUAAUGAGUUCAAAGCUUUUUGCCUUUUCACCAACAACCUGGAGGAUUUUGCCUUCUCUGUGAAAAUGAUAAGUCAAGCCAAUCGUCCUAUAGGAAUAGUCCAGUUUAAGCGAGCAGUGAAGAUUGCAACAGGGCACGACCUAUCAGUGAACGUGCUCGACACUGUGUUCAAGAUUUUUGAUCUGGACGGAGACAACUGUCUGAGCCACAAUGAGUUCCUCUGCGUGAUGGAAGAAAGAGUACUGCGCGGGCUGAAGGUCCAGCCUCAGCACGGCCUCUUGGGCUACUGGAAGUGUGUGAAAAGAGAGACGCUGAAAGGUGCUCAAGAGGCGCUCCAGAAGACAGGUAGUCCUUUCUGAAGGGCAACGGUGUGGAGUUUAGGUAGCUCUAUUCUUUUCACUCACUGGGAAAUGUUUUAAGGCUUACCAUUGGCUCCCCCCACUCACUCGAUGUCUCAAUAAUGCACUCCAUAGUAAUUAAUCAAGGAACAAAGCAAAAAAAGAAAUGCAUUUUUAUAUGUGCGGCGAUAUUCCUACUGCUAUAUGUCUGGGUGUGGUUUUUGUUUACACUUUUACAUGAAAUUGGUUGAUGUUUUAUACAAUUUGGUGGAUGGAUUUGAUUUGAUAUACAAAAAGCAUGAAAUAUAUUUUAACAAAUUAGUAAUCCAACACUUAGCAACAAAGUAUCAACGUGCCAAGUGCAGAAUGUUUACAAAGGUUUACUGUGGUGUUUCAUUAAAACAAAAGGUGCAGAACACUCUGGACAUUUUUGAAAUAUAUUUUUCAACUGUAAUAAUAGAUGUAUUUAUAUGAAGUCUAAAAUGAUAAAUGUGUGAAAAUAAAUUGCACCAAUUCA